AUGGUCUCUUUUGCGGUCUUUGCCGCCGCCGUGCUAGGCAGUCUGCCUCUCGCUCUCACUGCACCGAGCGGUAUCGCUUCACUUAUCAAUCAUGACACAAUUGGGAAGCAGCUCGAAGCCCGUCAAGGUGGCUACUACUCCUUUUGGUCCGAAGGAAGUGGCUCGUUCCGUUGCAACCAACAAGGUGGCGGAAAAUACACGUGCAACUGGUCAGGACAGCCUGGUGGUGGCUUCGUCGCUGGUACAGGUUUCAAGCCUGGGGGUUCGAGGACAGUCAAAUACUCGGGUACAUACGACGCCAAGGGCCCCGGUUACCUCGCCCUCUAUGGCUGGACACGCAAUCCCCUCAUCGAAUACUACAUCAUCGAGUCUUACGAUAUCCUUGCCCCAGGUGAGCCUUGGACGCGCAAAGGCAACUUCACUUUUGAAGAAGGCACCUACGAUCUGUACACUAGCCAGCGCGUAAACAAACCGUCUAUUGAGGGGACUCUUCUGGUCGGUGAGAACAGAGAAAAGGGUUGGCGGUACAAUCACUACGCAGAAGCAUUUUGA